AACGCUCUAGAUUUGGAUGUUGAUACCUUCCAAAUUUACCAGCCACAGCUUACAGUUGCCAGAAAGCUCUUGUCCCAGGUUUGUGCUAUAGCUGACAGCGGCAACCAAAGCCUGGAUCUUGGCCACUUCAGCAAAGUAGAUUUCAUCGUGGUAGUUCCGCGCUCGGAAGUCCUGGUGCAGCAAACUCUGCAGCGAAUUCGACAAUCAGGUGUCCUUGUGGACCUGGGCCUAGAGGACAAUGGGACGGCAUAUCAGAGAGCUGAGAAAUACGUGGUUCGGCUGGACAAUGAAAUUCAAACCAAAUUUGAAAUUUUCAUGAGGCGAGUGAAGCAGAAUCCAUAUACGCUCUUUGUGCUGGUUCAUGACAAUGCCCACGUGGAUUUGACAAGUGCCAUUUCAAGUUCCCUGUCACAUGGUGAGCCUAGUCAUGGUCUGGCUGAUAGAGUUAUUAAUUGCAGGGAGGUCCUUGAAGCAUUCAACCUCCUUGUUCUUCAGGUCAGCUCUUUUCCUUACGCCUUGCAAACGCAGCAGUCCCGGAUCAGCUCUAGCAAUGAGGUACAUUGGAUACAAUUUGACACUAUGGAUGACACAGCAAGUGAAGACAAGCUGUACUUUGGCUUGAAUGAAUACAGCAAAUCCCUCCAAUGGGGAGUCACAAGUCCCCUUCUGAGAUGUGAUGAAACCUUUGAAAAAAUGGUCAAUACGCUUUUAGAAAGGUACCCCAGGCUGCACAGCAUGGUGAUCCGCUGCUACCUGCUCAUCCAGCAGUAUUCCCAGGCCCUGAUGGCCCUCACCACCAUGGCCUCGCUGCGGGAUCACAGCACGCCCGAGACGCUCAGCAUCAUGGACGACCUCAUCUCCUCGCCGGGGAAGGACAGGAACGGCUGCGGCCACAUGCUGGUCAUCAGGGUGCCCUCCGUGCAGCUGGCCAUGCUGGCCAAGGAGAGGCUGCAGGAAGUGAGGGACAAGCUCGGCCUGCAGUAUCGCUUUGAGAUCCUCCUUGGGAAUCCCGCGUCGGAGCUUACUGUGGCAAAACAUUUUGUGACACGGUUAAAGGCUUGGAGGGGAAAUGAGCCAGAAGACUGGAUUCCUCGCACCUACCAGGAUUUGGAAGGUCUUCCUUGCAUUGUCAUUCUAACUGGCAAAGACCCUCUGGGAGAAACUUUCCCCAGGUCAUUGAAAUACUGUGACCUUCGACUAAUUGACUCAAGCUAUUUAACACGGACUGCAUUAGAGCAAGAAGUAGGCCUGGCAUGCUGCUAUGUCUCCAAGGAGGCAAUCCGAGGGCCUAUUGUAGCUCUUGACCUUAGUGAGAAGGAGCAUGAGAAGGUUAAUGGUAGCGAGAAUGAUUCUGAUGAGCUGCUGAUAGACUUGGACAGACCCCAGAGUAACAGCAGUGCUGUCACUGGAACCUCAGGUUCCCUGGCUGACAACGGUGUGAGCUCCUCAAGUGCUGCAGACAAGACUCAGAAGCAGGCGCCAUCGUUCAACUUUGAGGCUGUGGCCCACAGCUCAGUAGAUGAGGGAACUUGCCCGGGUUCCACAGCUGGAGAUGCCCUCAAGCAAGAAUGUGACUCCCUGGCUAACCACAUGGCUAGCAGCACCACUUCUAAACUGUCCUCACUGUCUUCUGUCUCCCAGACAUUUCGGUGGCCUGGCCAUUCGGGCAAGGACGGCAAGGCCCUCCGUGCCGCCCUGCCGCGCAUUGUCAUCCUCUCCAAAGCCGCCUACUGCCUCUUGAGCUCGCAGAAAACGGGGAAUCUGCCUUCCUCCUCUUCCCUCCUGCCUCACGCUGACGUGUCGUGGCUGAGCUCCCUGAGGCCUUUGCUGCACAAGGACAUGAACAGCGAGGAGCAGUCUCUGUACUACAGGCAGUGGGCGACGGCGCGGCAGCACCACGCGGACUACAGCAACCAGGGGGAGGCGUCCGGCUCGAGGAGCUUCCACCCCCGGCGGCUGCUUCUGACAGGACCACCACAAGUGGGAAAGACUGGCUCAUACUUGCAGUUCCUACGGAUUCUUUUUCGCAUGCUGAUCAGGUUGCUGGAAGUAGAUGUUUAUGAUGAAGAAGAGAUUAAUACCAAUCAUACAGAAAACAGUGAAAUUACUCAACCUAGCAAUGACCAUUGGCCGGAUAUUGAGAUCUUCAGUAAAAUGUCGUUUGACCUGAGCGUGCAUGACCCCAAGUACAGAACUAUAAGUCCAGUAUAUACGGAACAACUGUCAAGAGUGAAACAAGAAACAAGCAAAGAAACAAAACCAGAGGAACCUAAGAAAAGAGAGACAGUGUCCAUGAUGCUGACAAAAUAUGCUGCUUACAAUACCUUUCACCACUGUGAGCAGUGCCACCAGUAUAUGGAUAUUAAUCCUGCGGCACAGGUGUCUGACUCCACCCUGCAUGCUUUCACGUUUUCAUCCUCAAUGCUAGGAGAAGAGGUUCAACUGCAUUUUAUAAUCCCCAAGUCCAAAGAGAACCAUUUUGUCUUCAGCAAGCAAGGAAAGCACCUAGAAAGCAUGCGUCUCCCUCUUGUUUCUGACAAGCAGAAUUUGAAUGCAGUCAAGAGUCCUAUCUUCACUCCCUCAAGUGGUCGUCAUGAGCACGGCCUCUUGAACCUCUACCAUGCCAUGGAAGGCAUCAGCCACCUCCACCUCCUGGUAGUCAAGGAGUAUGAGAUGCCCCUCUACCGUAAAUACUGGCCCAACCACAUCAUGCUCGUGCUGCCGGGCAUGUUCAACAACGCUGGCAUUGGUGCUGCCAGAUUUCUUAUUAAGGAACUUUCCUACCACAAUCUAGAGCUGGAACGAAACCGCUUGGAGGAGCUGGGAGUCAAGCGCCAGUGCGUGUGGCCCUUCAUCGUGGUCAUGGACGACUCCUGUGUGUUGUGGAACAUGCACAGUGUCCAUGAGCAGUCCAGCCAGCCCCUGGAGCCCGACGGUUCCAGCAGGAACGUGUCUCUGAAGAGCAUUCUCCAGCACAUUGAAGCCACCCCCAAAAUCGUUCAUUAUGCAAUCCUGGGUGUGCAAAAGUGGAACAGCAAGCUGAAUGCCAGGAAAGCAAAAGCCCCGUUCUCCAGGUGCCACGUGCAUGACUUUAUACUGCUCAACAUAGACCUGACCCAGAAUGUGCAAUACGAUCUGAACAGGUAUUUCUGUGAAGAUGUAGAUUUUAACCUGAGGACAAACAGCAGUGGCCUGCUCAUCUGCCGCUUCAACAACUUCAGUGUCAUGAAGAAGCAUAUUCAGGUUGGAGGACAAAAGGACUUCGUGGUUAAGCCAAAAAUCAUGGUCUCGGACGCGCUGGCGCCCAUAGCGCCCCUGCAGUACGUGUGCGCCCCGGACAGCGAGCACACGCUGCUCGCGGCCCCAGCCCAGUUCCUCCUGGAGAAGUUCCUCCAGCACGCCACCUACAAACUCUUCCCAAAGGCCAUUCACAACUUCAAGAACCCCGUGUUAGCCAUCGACUGCUAUCUCAACAUCGGCCUCGAGGUGGCCAUCUGCUACGUGAGCUCCCGGCCGCACUCGGUGAACGUCAGCUGCGAGGGGGUGUUUUUCAGCGGCCUCCUGCUCUACCUGUGCGACUCCUUCGUGGGCGCAGACCUGCUCAAGCGGUUCCGCUUCCUCAAAGAACUGUCCUGCCUUGCGUUUUGUCUGUCUGUGGUAACGGAGCCGCUGAGGCGCCGGGUGUCGCGUGUCCCCGCAGGCGCCACCCUGUGCGUGAUCUGCCAGGACCGCAGCUCCCUGCGCCAGACCAUCGUGCGCCUCGAGCUCGAGGACGAGUGGCAGUUCCGCCUGCGCGACGAGUUCCAGACGGCCAACAGCAGCGAGGACAGAUACGUGGAGGAGAGCCCGCUGCUCCUCUUCAGCGCUGUGUUGAAAGUUUACCACGUCAACCUGAACAAAGCCGCGGGCGCAGGGCAGGCGCCCCACGCAUGGCAGGGCCCGCGGCCGCAGACUCCCCCCCGCUCACCACCUCCUCACGGCCUCCCCGUCACCGCCUCGCGGCCUCCUCCCCGGCUCGGGCCGCUGCCCUCGCUCCUCCUCGUGCUGGGGUAUCGGAGCCGGGUGGUUCAGCCCCGAGGGCGGUGGGAGCGAGCGCUGCUGCGAGGCACAGGCUCUGGCGGGGCCCCUGUGCCGCGUUCUCUGUGUGCCCCUUCCCCCUGCCCUCCCUAG